UAGGUUUUCAAACCUAGGACAGAUUGAGGUGGCUAAGAAAUUGUUUGACAAAAUGGUUGCAUCUGGCCUCACACCCAGCAUCCAUGUAUAUGAUUCUUUACUCAAGGGAUUUAGUCUUAAAGGCGAACCAGAUGAAAUUAUUCAUAUGCUUCACCAAAUGGCUGCUAAAGGAAUUGUUUUAGACUCUAAAAUCACUUCAACUAUUUUAAGAUGUAUUUGUGACAUGUCUGAAGAUCUCGAUUUGGCAGAGCUUCUUCCAAAGUUUGCUGAGCAACAAUCAAAAGAAAUAUGUGUUCCAUGUGAUGCGUUACUGAUAAAGAUCCAAAAGAGUCUUCACAAGCGUCAGACAUGUUCAGCUUGAUUCUCAGACUUCAGUCACUUGUUCGCCAUAUGCUCUGCCGCAACAUUGGUGGCGAUGUUGAAAGCUAACCCUUGUGCUCAGGAAUCUGGUUCUAUUUGUCUGCUGUUUGAUUCAGGUUCUUCACUUCUCCUGCAAUUUUUCAAUUCCUGUCUUUGCAAGACUGAUGCUCUGCUCUCCUACAAAUCUACAAUUAUUCUGCUUCUUCUUUCACUUUUUUUAUUUUGUAUAGUAGUCUUGAUGCUGCAGUUUUGUGGGUACAGCCUACUAUUCUUUGCUCAUAUGUUUGGACAUUUUCAAUGUGGAUCAUUGGGUUAAUUUGGAUUAACAAAGAUGGCCUAGAUCAGAUCUUCAUUAAUUCUUCACCAUCUACAAGCAUAUAAACUGCAUCAACACACAACCAGGGGAACCUUAGACUUAUCCAAAGUCUGAGCUAUGUCAGCUUGUCCCAAUGCAAGCAUAAAACUGUGACAAGCCGAACAAGGCCUGACAUAAACUGAGUGAGAUACAACAACAACAUUACCCUAGUGCCGCAAAGGCUCCAGCCAACUGUGGGGUAGGGGGUCAGAUGUAUGCAGUCUUACCCCUGUACUAAAACAGAGAGAAUGUUUAUGGAUGACCCUUGAUGAAAAUCGCGUAGAAAAUUGCAUUGUUGAUUACUGCUUCAUAACAAACAAGCGUAGACAUUUAGUGAGUCAUUCUACUUUAUUCCAUCAUAAUCCCAAGCCAAAAAAAUAGCGAGUCUUUGACUCCAGUGGAAAUGAUGGAAAAACAUAAACUGGGUGAGAUGUAGUUAUUAAAAUCUUUGAUUAAAUCUUUGAACUUGUAUGUAUUUGACUAGUAUGGUCUCCUUUUUAGUAACCAGUAUGUGUACCCGUGCGUCGCACGGUAAUUUUGUUUGUGUGUGUGGUAAUUUUGACUGGAUCGGUUGAAUUGAAUCAAUAUGGUUAAUUGCGGAA